GUCACAGAGACGAUGCGAUCGGUUCCAUGGUGGGGGAAGCCCCGUCGGGACUUCGCAUCGUUCUCCGCCAGCAUAUCGAAGAGGUCUCCAGCCGCGCCGAUCGAGGUCGAGUUUUUGGUUGAAAUAGAAGGUAUGAGGUCAGAAGCAGCACCCUGAUCAGACUCCGCCUAUGAGGCUGGGCAGUCUGAAAGCUGAAGGAGAAGCUGAUGCUGAUGCUAGAACUAGGAGGCUGUGGCUGCAGCUUAUGUCAAUAGAGAUCUGACGAAGCCAUUUCAACAGGAAGAGAUACGUGUCACAAUCACAGAGAAAACUAAUGGAUUCUCUGUGCAAAUAAAAAAAAAAGGUGAAUUAUAGCAGCUGGUAUCAUCCAAAGAUCAAGGUUGACACAGAGUUCCAUCACUUUUGAUGCAUCUGAUGUGGAAGGGCAUUUUAAUGCAUGGAGUGCAUGUUUUCUCAGUGAGAAAGAGAGCACCUGAAUCAAUAGAGAUCUGACGAAGCCAUUUCAACAGGAAGAGAUACGUUUCACAUUCACAGAGAAAACUAAUUCACAGAGAAAACUAAUGGAUUCUCUGUGAAAAUAAAAAAAAGGUGAAUUAUAACAGCUGGUAUCAUCCAAAGAUCAUGGUUGACACAGAGUUCUUUCACUUUUGAUGCAUCUGAUGUGGAAGGGCAUUUUAAUACAUGGAGUGCAUGAUUUCUCAGUGAGAAAGGGAGCACCUGAAUCAAUGCUGCUUUUUCUGUUAAAUUGGUAUAACUUACUACCAUGAACAUACCCCUCAAUGAUUCUGACGACUAACUAAUUGGGUAAGGUUAUGAAUUGCACGCUGUAGAGUUAGCAAUUUGAUUCUUCUUGGUGCUUCUUUGGAUCAGUAAAAUUACUCCUCUUUUGUUUUAAACACAACUGGAGCUAGGCCAAUGCAGUUUUCUGGUCUGGAUUGACCCUUGUGUACAUGACUUGGUUAUAUUCAGGCUCAACUCAAAUUCCCCCUUUUCUUUACAUCUUAGUUUAUCAAUAACAUGGACAGUAUGAGGACGAAUUGAGCAAGACACACUUUGGCAUGAUGUGCUACCUUCAGUUGGCCCUAGCUGGCUGAUAGACACUACUGAAUCUGUGGAUUUAUUCUUCCUUCGAAAGUGUUUUACUUUUCUAGUAGCAUCUCAUCCUUUACCACUAGAGAAGAGCAAAGAAGUGAAUUUAUAUGAUGGUUUAGAAGAGCUAGUGAGUUAUUCAGUCUAGCUAAUUUGUCUUAUUUUAUCUAAAUUAGCAAUAGAACACGAAUUACAGGCUAGAGCAACUACAGAUAACACUAAUCUGCAAUGUCCAACUUGAGGAAAUUUAUAGUUGGACAUGAAUGAAUAGGUUCAGUGCAAUAUCAUGUCAUGGAAAAUAUUCUUGUGAACCAUUGAGAUUAUACUUCACAAAUUUAUCUUACAGAUUACAUCAAAACCAUGUUCAUCGAGCCGCUGAACAAAGCCUGGUUUCUAAUGAAGAUAAGACUAUGUCCGAGGUUUCUUCAGUGGCUUAUGCCAUUUAAUGCAGCACCAUGCAGGAGUCUGCAACUCCAGUGAGCUCUGCUCUUCUUCAGACAUGGUGAUGUUAACUUGAUCGUGAUGGUAUCAGAGCGGUUGCUGUUUGCCUUUUCUCCCAUCCUAAAUUUCCUGUCGUUGACACAAUGCACAGCUCCAUGUCAUCGGCAGAAUGCACCUUCCUCCUCUACGGUUUACACCGGUGAGGAGUUUCUAACAAGAUCAUCCCAAACAGGGGGACUAUCAGUGGAAAUUUCUCGUCGAACAGUGUAGAAAUUUCCAUUAUUUGUCGUGCCCGAGGAUGUUGAUAAUAUGUUGACACAUGACAAGGUUAGCUAUUGCCUCUGAGACUCUACACAGGGUUAUAUACAAAUGAUUCGGACAAUGUAGCUGCCAUCGGAUGCCUGUGUAUGACCCACCUUCGAUUCGAUCUCGUCGUGAGAUUACGACCUGCAACCAGAUUUGAUGUCACUGACUUGUCACUCUAAUCAAUGCCAGGUUUCUCAUCCUCGAGGUCUGACUCCAGGAACGGUCUCAGGCUCCCAGCUCUGCAAGUUGCCACUGCCACCUUCUUUGCGCUGACGGUGUACAAGAUAAGCAUGGCACGAGAGGAACAGGGAGAUCGGCUGUGGGGUUUGCCUGCAAGUUGCCAUGUUCAUUGUCCCGUGAACAGUGCACAGGUUUGGCCGGCGAGAUCAACUGUUCAUGCCGAGGGAGUUGGGAACUUGAGGCCACACACAUCGGCACAUGAACAAGAACAGGGCACAUGUGAUGGCUAGAUUUAGCAGGAGGACUACUGACAGGUCCAAGUUGGGAAUGUCCACAGUGCAUGACCCUUCCACGGUUUACUCGCUUCUAAGGUCUGGAUGGGUUCAUAUCAAGGAGUAGGUUUGCUGUCGAGCUCGUGAUAAGAAAGGGCCUCACAAGUUCGAUCCUUUAGUAAGAGAGGAAAACAUGGGCUAUCUGGCCAACAAGAAUGGGUGCAGAAGAGAGAGAUAAUAUAUAAAAGAAAAGAUGCCAGAGGAAAUCAAGAUGAUAUGAGACAACAUGCUAACAAGUUGGGGAGGGUCUUUCCACUGUCGCUGGUGGAGCUCAUGCAGAGUGGAACAUUCCUUAAAGAGAGAAAACAAAAGCAUGGAGGACCGUUUCAGUGCUCAAAGAAACUUUUGGCUGCCGUGCUCUUCUCUGUGCUCGAAGGAUUUGAAUGAUGGCUCCCAAGUGUUGCUUCUGCUUCUCCUUGUAAAAUCUCAGUUUAGUAUCAGGAAAGAGCCAUCCGGCUCAGUAAUUUGCCCCACUUCAAGCAAUAUUGAGAGAAGGGAAAUAGAUAGAGAUGGCAUGAGGACUUACAGAAUGGAAAGAAGAAAUCAAUUUGCUAUGAGAAAGAAACAGAGGAUGAGAAAGUGGGAGCUGAAGAGCUCUCUGCAUGAUGGGAAGCUAAUGCAGUAUUUCCCUCCUUGUGCACACCAAGAGGAAAAGACACGCUAAAGGUUGGUUUAGAUUGAUUGAUUGAUGCACAAAACAUUAGUUCCAAUUUAUGCUUUCUGACUACUAGUUUUGCUUGAUCUUGUUGGUCAUAGCAUCACAUAGUUGAUUAGAUCAUUAACAUCUCUAAUGGCUGGUGAAAGCAAGUAGGAUGAGGACCACCAGUUGAGUGGCCAUUCACGGUUAGCUAUUAGAAGCCUCAAUCUCUUUGGGCCCAGUGAAGGUCUCCAUCCUCCCAACUUUUGAGUGGUUCCAAAAGCUGAAGCGACUGUGAAAAGUAUAUGACUGCUCUUUCUACUAUGACAGUGGGGAUAUCCAAGUAAUUUUGGCACUUUCAAGGAGAGAGGAUCAUAAUAUCCAAUUCAUUCUUUUAGGAGGCAAGCAAUCCUGGUUUGACGUUAGAACAUAAGGUGGAGUCUUCUUCUCCUAGACAGAAAUUAGGAGGAAUAUACUUCAAGCAAGCUAUGGUUGAACACCAGCCAAUUGAAUCCUGCUGCAGAGAAGAGACAAGCUUCUUUACUUGUGAAAAGGGAUUCUUUAUCUCAUGGCUGCUGCAUGUGGAGGGACGCAGCAUAGUAGAACACAAGAAAAGGAAUGGCCACGAAACUUUUGAGCCUGGAGAUCAUGGAAAAGCUACAGUAGAGUGGGCAGGGUGGAGCUGAACCGUGGAGUCAUCCCACAAAAAGGUGGCUGGUGGCGUUUGCCAUUUGCGCAGGGCUCACGGAUUGCACCGCGCGAUCUAUGGGCACUGCCGUCCUUGGGGUGUGUGGUGCACCGCCGAUCAUCAUCAUUGGCUCUGAGGACAUCGCCACAGCUCUCCACCAUACUCCACUGCAAAAGAUUUGAUUCCUGGUCCUCUCCUUCCUGCCUCCUUCACUGGGCAAAUCCAAGCCACCCGAGCAAGGACUAUGGUCAGCCGGAGUAACAAGUGGAGUCGCAGUUUCAGGGGGCCACCAACAAUCUCAUCAGUGACACCACAUUCCCUCACAUUGGGUGAUCAUGCGGGUGGCUCCUCCAUCUCCAUCAGUGAUAUCUGGUCUGUGUGAUUUAUUUAGAUCAUGAACACAAAAGAAGGAUCGAGCACAGGAUAAGAUUGAUGGUGGAACAGGAGAGAGGCUGCGUGUCCAACCCCGCAGUAAGAUUUCCUCACAUCAGCAGGAGCCUGUUGAUGAAGGCCACUUGUCUGUGUGCAAGCUAGAGAGAGGAAGGUGAGAUGAGACUCACAUGCAACCUGUUCUAUCAGGACUUGGGUCCCAUUAGAUUCGCAGCCAGGACCUACAGUUGUCCUGCCCCCACAGCCUUCCUAUAAAUGUAGCUUAUGCCCUCAUGGAAAGAGUGGUGAGUGAUGUAUCCUUCUGCCCUUGUCAUCACCACCAGGAGACUUCUGUUCCUAUCUGCUUUUCCAGCUCCCUUAUAGAGGGCGUGUUCCAUCUCGAUCCCUUCAUUGUACCGGUCCCUCGCAUAAGAGCUUGUCCAGCGGAGGACUUUGAUCAGCCAUGCAGGUAAAGAGAUUGCAUGGGUUGAUCUUGGUGAAAUCCAGUCAAGAAAACACUGUUAUCAGUUCCUUUGUUUUAUUGGAUCUGAUCCUAUUCAAAUUCCAUUUUGUUUGGUCAUUUACUAGCUUCAUAUUCACUGUGGGUUCAAUUUUUUCUUCUCAUGUUCCCUCUCUGAACUAGAAGAAAUUGAAAGAAAUAUUAAGUUCUUCCCUCUAUGGACUUCGCUCUGUUCUGUACCAGAGUCAAUAUCCUGUUUCUUCUUAUAGCUCUCUGUUCACCAUGCAAGUUCAUCCAGAGCCCCAUGGACUUUGGCCCCUUGAACUUCCACCAGACCACAGACACCUCGUCUUUGGACUUCGGGAGGAUCGUGUUCGACUCCCCUUCCGCCGUCCUUCGACCCCAAUCCCCAAAAGAGAUCUCACUCCUCCUCGGCUUUCUCUCUGCUUCAUCCUUCAGUAAAGUCACAGUUGCAGCAAGAGGAGCAGGCCACUCCAUCGAUGGCCAAGCUCAGGCCCUCGACGGCAUUGUCAUCGAGAUGGACUCCCUGCCCUCCGCCAUAAGCAUCCAACGUGGACGAGAGUCCGGUUCCUCUUACGCUGAUGUCGGUGGUGGAGCUCUUUGGAUCGAGCUGCUACGCGAGAGCUUGAGGUUUGGGCUGGCUCCAAGGUCUUGGACCGAUUACCUCUACCUCAGCGUCGGUGGGACUCUCUCUAAUGGCGGCAUCAGUGGCCAGACCUUCAAGCACGGACCUCAGAUCAGCAAUGUCUUGCAGCUCGAUGUGGUGACAGGUAAAGGAGAGCAAGUAACAUGCUCGCCCACUGAAAGCUCGGAGCUGUUCUUUGCGGCUCUGGGUGGGUUGGGCCAGUUCGGCAUCAUAACGAGAGCAAGGAUCCUGCUCCAGGAUGCUCCUCCGAAGGUGAAGUGGGUCAGAGCCUUUUAUGACGACUUCGAGACCUUCACCGAGGACCAAGAACUGUUGGUUGCAAUGCCAGAUGCAGUGGACUAUGUCGAGGGAUUCAUCCUCCUAAACGAGCAGUCCCUCCACAGCUCAUCCGUCGCCUUCCCAUCUCAUCUGGAGUUCACCCCGGAGUUCGACAGCAACGGCAGCAACUACAGAGUGUACCACUGCAUCGAGUUUGCCAUCCAUGACUACCAAGUCGAGAGCACAGAUGUGGAGCAAGUCGCGACCGAGAUUUCGAGGAAGAUGAGCCAUAUACCUUCGCAUUUCUACGGUGUGGAAGUCUCCUACUUCGAUUUCCUCAACAGGGUCAGGAUGGAGGAGGUCAGCCUCAGGAGCAGAGGGCUGUGGGAGGUGGCUCACCCAUGGCUCAACAUGUUUGUGCCCAAGUCUGGGAUCAGAGAGUUCAAAGACUUGCUGCUGGAUAACAUCUCACCGACUGACUUCGAAGGCCUUGUUCUCAUUUACCCACUUCUAAGAGACAAGUGGGACGCGAACAGCUCGGCUGUGCUGCCUGACGGGGGAGGCAGAGCGGAGGAGCAGGUGAUGUACAUCGUCGGAGUGCUCCGGUCAGCCAACCCGGCCACCUGCGCAGCCCAGUGCCUCCGAGACCUCCUCCGCCGCCGCCGUCGCGUGGCAAAGGUCGCCACGGACCCCCGAAUCGGAGCGAAGCAGUACCUGGCGCGCCACCCCUCCCAGAGCCAAUGGCAGGAUCACUUCGGCCGGCACUGGGACCGGUUUGUGGCCCGCAAGGCGCAGUUCGAUCCCCUCAGCAUCCUCGCCCCCGGCCAAGGCAUAUUUCCCCGGACAUAUGCCUCUUCCUCGUAGUACCACAUCGAUCUCUCUACAGCACUUUCGCAUCAAAUCCACUGCAUGCACGACCGUACCAUUCCAUGAUUCUGCCUUUCAUGUUCUUUCUUUCAUGAUAUGUUAAGAGGGGGAUGAUUUCGGAACGUAGCACAGCGAUUUGAGCGCAAAUUGGAUUUUAGUUUAUGAAUCUGAAAGUAGAUUCGAGAUCAUGCAGUGGGAAGUGAGAGGUCGAAAGAGACAGGAACAGAGCUAGAGCUAGUUGUAAAGAGCGUGAGACUGCUUGCUCCUGGACAGUCAAAUCUAGUUCAGAAUCUGACACCUGCAGUGAUCAAACAUCCAAAUUUGCACCAGCAGUAGACAGCUUCAGAUUUCAUAUCAGGAAGGGACAAAUCUAGCGUGGUUGAUAGAGAAACUUGAUGGAGAACAUGCUCAAAUCGGUAUCAUUUGGUAUAUGAGGAGACCACCUGCUCUUCUAUUUUUUGAUCGACAGCAUAAUCUAUGUUAUCCAUUGUCAUUCUUAGAUGUGAUGAAAUGAGAUUUGAUCAUAUAAUUUUACUAUCUAUAAUCAAGUUUUUACGUCA